AUGGAAACUCAGCUCGCCUCACAAACGACUGAGCUCACUUUGCUGGAUGUGUACUUCUCACAGUUCAUUCCCUCCAGUAUCAUUCACCAGCAAGGGCGCACCAGACGCCUCUAUUUGCACGGCCAGUUAUGCACCGGUGUUUUGCAUGCCAUGUUCGCCUUGGCUUCCUUAUUCCUGGGCCGCGCACAGACGCCUAGUAAGUGGCGUCGACUCGAUGACAUGGCAAGCAUCUCCCAUAUCGCUCGUCAUCACGGCCAAGACUGGGCGAAUAAUGCCAGUCACAUCGUGUCCCUCCAAUUGCAUGCGCCUUCUGUCGAUACUGUUCGAACCCUCUCCAAUCUCACUACUUAUUGGUUUGGCGUUGGCCAGAGGGAGAGGUCUCAGGCGGGUGCAAAUAUGGUCAUACAGGCCACACGAGACCUACAAAUGCAAAGUUUACACCUGCCAAAACCUCAGUCCCGGGACCUGCGAUGGUCCUGCAUCUGGGCCGACAUGCUCUGUCGAUGUUUUGUGCUUGAUGAUAGCUUCGCCAACACGAACCAGGAUAUCGAUAUAUCCGAUAUUACGCAAUCUUCCGAGGGCCUAGUCUCUGGGGGUAUUGGUAGCAUAGACAGUAUACUGUCUGUCUCAUUAGAGACACAGCCAACACCUGGGCAAGAAGCCCUACUCAAGGCCUUAGGUCUCUGGUACGUUGUUUCAGGUGCUAUAUUAAACUUCAAAACCAUACUCAACGACAUCAUUAGGCGCGAGGCUAGAUCGUUUAUUCGAAGUCUCAGGUUUAUUUACAUUAUUGCACCAGAAGCGGAUCUGGCAGUGAGAUGGGGAGCUCUCUUUACGCUGGACAGUAAAGUCACUUCCUGUUAUUCAUCCUUUCCACCCUCGCUUCGCUAUUUACAUGGUGGUUGCCUCCAUGACUCAGGCGAGGCCCCAGAAUUGCUACUAUCGCUUCAAGCAGUCUACCACCAAUGUCGGGCCCUACUUCAUCUUGCCAUGUUUAUUUUCCUACGACGAAAGGGUUCAGCCUCCCCUGACUAUGUUCACUUGUGCGCUCAGAUCUCGGUGUCUCACUUGAAUCAUUUUGCCGAUGUCGCGACUAGCUUUAUGUCUCUCGCUCCAUCCAGCGCCUCAGCCAAUCCACCAUUCAUUGCAUACUGUGCUUUUCUCACGGCCUCGAUCCAUCUGGCUUGUUUGAACAUAUGCCAGGGGCCCACCGGAAUUCUUCCCGAGGCCAGCCCAUCCGUGUUGGCUUUGUUGAGGGAACGAGUCUUGUCUAGCCUCCUUUUACUGCAACACCUCCAAUGUUACUGGGCCUCAUGUAAGGAACUGCUUAACCGUCUCCAACGCCUAUGCCUCUCUGUCGGAAUUUCGACAGCCGACGUGGAAAUGCAUGGUUUUAUUUUGCAAGAAGCACCCACCUCAUUUCCGUCGGACACAAUUCAUGAUGACACUCCAUCGGCCCCACUAUUACUAGAUCGAAAGGAACUCGACGCUAUCAUGAGUCGACACCUUACGCAGAUUCUACAGAUGAUAGAUCUCAGUCAUCCGGCCUAUAUCUCCUUUCAAGACUUGCAAUCGCCGCCUAUUAUUGCUUGCGAUCCUUCGAGUCCUGGUCACUCUGCGAACAUUCCCCAGCAACCCUGCUAUGAAAUUCAGCCUAAACCGACACGGACAUCUCCAUUUGCCACGCUGCAACCAAUGCCCCAUGAGAAUAUAGCCACAGCUUCUAAACAUACCCAUCGCCGUAAGCCACGAACCUGGAUUCCAGCUCGCCCAGUGGCCCCGAGCUUAGGAAUCUUAGAAGGCUAG